ACGCCCGGGAGUGGGGCUACCCCGGGGUGGGGCCUAUGGACUGCGGCGUGUGGGGAGCUAACGCGGCUCGGAUGGCCGGGCAGGUGAAGGACCGCGAGGCCUUCCAGAGGCUCAGCUUCCUGUACCAGGCUGCUCACUGCAUCCUCGCGCAGGACCCCGAGAACCAGGCACUGGCGAGGUUUUACUGCCACACGGAGAAGACCAUAGCGAAGCGGCUCGUAUUGCGGCGGGACCCUUCGGUGAAGAGGACCCUCUGUCGUGGCUGCUCUUCCCUCCUCAUCCCGGGCCUGACCUGCACCCAGCGCCAGAGACGCUGCAAGGCUCAGCGCUGGACUGUACAGACCUGCCUGACAUGCCAGCGCAGCCAGCGGUUCCUCAACGAUCCCAGGCAUCUGCUCUGGGGAGACCGACCUGAGGCCCAGCUGGGGAGCCAGGCAGCAUGGCUGUCUCUGGGUGGUUGGACUUCCUUACAAAGCUUCUGGCUUCCACAGAGAGUAUUCCAAGAAGACAAGCUCCACGGUGCAAGUGCUUAUCAAGCCUCUGUCCUCGUCACGCUUGCUAAUGUCACCUUGACCAGAGUAAGUCAUGUGGCCAAGCCCACAUUCAGUGUGGAAGGGGCUACACUGGGGCGUGGAUACUGGGAGGUUCAUUGGUUCCUUGAGGACCACCAGUGUAGCAGUCUACCACAUCCUUGUUUUGCCUUUGUCCCUGACUCAUUCUCUUCACUGAUUCCUUCACAUGCCAGUACGCUGUUUGCAUGGAAAAUACUUAUCAGUGUGCAAGUAACUAAAUGUUUCUGAGUUAUUCUUUGAUGUUUAUUUCUGGAGAUAGUAUUCAAUGGGUCAACUGUAGCAGCCAACACAAACAUGUAGCCUGAAGAUGCACCCCAUGCAGGCCUGGACCCUUUGUGUUCUCAGCUCACCUUCCUUGGUUCCCUCCUUGAGUGUCAUUUCUGAGCUGGUUGGUUCUUACGCACUAAAUCUGAUUCUUGGCCAAGUUGUUUUGACUGUGAUUAUGAUUGCACAUGACUGAACAUGUCCACAGUGGGAUAGCACUGGGGUUCCUCUAACUAGAGAUCAUAGCCCUCUUCCUCCUCCCAAAACUCUGUCCUUUUUCAUGUUUACUUAUUAUGAUACAAUAGUUGUCAGUAUGUGCAAAAAUGGAUUUCCUAUAACAAAGAGGAAAUCAAAGCCCUAUUAUUCAAUAGUCAGUUUUCUUUAAUGUUUCUAAACAAUUCAGUAAUUCAAAAUCUGUGCUCUUUUAGGACCUGUUAGAUAAAAUUAAAUAGAGGAGAGAGAAGAAACUUACGUCAUCCCAACUGAAUCAAAAAAACAAGGUCUGGGAAUCCCCUGGCAGUCCAGUGGUUAGGACUCUGCACUUCCACUGCAGAGGGCUCAGGUUCCAUCUCUGGUUGGGGAACUAAGAUCUGGCAGGCCGCAUGGUGUCGCCAAAAAAAAAGAAGAAAAAAAGAUUUGGGGAAGGUAAGGGAUCUAGUCAUUGUUGGUUCAAAACCUCAGGAGCUUCCUAGGUAAAAUCUGAAACCAGCCCCUGUACAUGGAGAGCAAGGAGAGAUCAAAGAAAGAGGCGGACCACUCCAGAUUGGUAGGUGGCAGGUUUAAAAUAAGCAAGGAAACUUACAUACGAGGCUUUGUCUUGGGCAGCAGCAAGACGAGUAGACCUCCACACUCACCCACCAGAAUCUUAAAAAGUUUAUAUAGAGGCCUUAAUAGGGUUCAGUCAUGCCUUCAGUCCAGAUGGUCUCAACAACACCUUGCUCUCUCAAAGUUGUGCCCUUGGAACAGCUCCCACUGUGGGAACAGUGGGCAGAACUCACACUCCAAGGACAGGGGAGUGGGUGAGGAGCCCCUGAUUGCCCGGGUCCAGUUCGAGGGUCAACCAGCAGUCAUGUCCUCAUGAUUACCUCCUUCAACAGUCAUGCUGAUAUCUGGGAGAAACUUCCAGGCAGAAGGAACAGCUCGGGCAAGUGUCCUGAAGAGGGAGCCUGCGCAAGAGCCUGCGUAUUCAUAGUUCGCAAGAGGCCAGUGUGAGUGAACAGAGUGAGCCAGGUGGAGAGUAGUAAAUGUGGCCAGGAGAUAAUGGGAGACCAAGGAUCUCUAGGCCAUCAUAAGGAAAUUGACUGGUUCAUUGGGAGGCCAUUGGAGGUUUUUAGCAAGAAAUGACAUGAUCUGGCUUAACAUUUUAAAAGGAUCACUCUGAUCUAACAGUAGACUGACUAGGAGAGCAAGAUUGGAAGAAAGGAAAACAGGGAGCUGUUGUGGUCACCCAUGUGAGAGAUGAUAGUGGCUUGGACAAGGGUCUUCACAGAGGGAGAGCAGUGUUCAGAUUUUAGAUCUAGUUUGAAGGUAGAACCCAUAGAUUUCCUGAUGGACUAGCAGAGGGAUGUAAGAAAAAGGACAAACAAUUCCACAAAACUAAAGUUUAAACGGUCUCGUGAUAUGUGCUAUAAUAUAUUCAGAACAAGAUAUUGGUCUGUACUUUGAAAAUAUUCUCUGUAAAGGAUAUUUUAUGAAUUCCUAUUUGAUCCAAAUGUACAGAGUCCAAUAUAUCUCCAGCCCUGAUGUGUGUAUUAGUUUCCUAGGGCUGCCAUAACGAAGUGCCACAAAGUGGGUGGGUUACAACAACAGAAGUUUAUUCUCUCACAGUGCUGGAAGCUAGAAGUCAAGCCAUCCACAGGACAACGCUUUCUCCAAAGGCUCUGUAGAAGGAGUCUUCCUUGCUUGUUCCUAACUUCUGAUGUUUAUCAGCAAUCCUUGGUGAUCCUUGGCUUGUAGAUAUGUCACUCCAGUCUCUGCCUCCAACACUGUAUGGCAUU